AUGCGACACGAUAAGUUUCUACAAUUUGGUUCUGGACCUGGUGGUAAUCGUUUGAUUAUAUUUUCGUCCACUGAUCAAUUGAAAAUACUUGAAGAUACUGAAGAAGUAUUCAUCGAUGAAACAUUUAAGGAAUUAGGACUGAAAAACGCUUAUGAAAAUGAUUCCAAUUUUGCGUAUGAUGUAAACAAGAUUGCUGCACUAGCAUUCCUUCAACCGUCCGAAGUCAGUCAAGGCUUCGAUGAGCUUUACCUAUCGUUACCACCAAUAUUACAACCACUAAUGGAUUAUUUUGAAGACACAUACAUCGGAAGACGGCGGCCUAAUGGACGUGGAACACCAAGAUUUCCAAUUGAGUUAUGGAACAUGCAUCAGCGGACAAUCAACCAUUCAAUGCGCACAAAUAAUUUUGCCGAAGCCUGGCAUAGAAGACUUAAUUCGGUUAUUCUAUAUCAACAUCCGUCUCUCUGGAUUUUUAUCGAAAGUAUCCAAAAAGAACAAAAUUUAUGUUCAUUGUCAGAUAGUGAAGAUUAA